GGAUUUUUAUUCGUCGCUAUGAAUGACGGUCAUGCAUGACACCGCCCAAUCAAGCGUCACAAGAUAACAUUCUCGUCAGGAAAAGCUUUGCUUACCAACCUAGCCACACCAUUCAAACAAGGCACACUCACGCUAUCUGUAAGUUUCCAUGUCAGUUCCCAUGAACCUUUGCCUUCUUCACAUACCAUCAAUCUAGAAACAACGAAAACCGAAUACAAAAUCGAUUGUGAGUUAAUCAAGAUUGAUGAGGUUGAAUUCAAGCAACCAUGGAGCACCAAGAAGAUGAGACCACAAACAAAAUUAUCAACUUUGCCCCCGAUGGCGACAUUAUUCUAGUUGUCGGGCCAGAGAAAAAGAGGUUUCAUGUUCAUUCACUGUUUCUCAAGGCAGCUUCCAAGCCUUUCCUUGCCAUGUUCAGACAGGAGUGGCAGGAAGGCCAAAGUCUGCUCCAUCAGAAUGGUCCCGAAGAAAUCAGACUCCCUGAUGAUAAUGCAGCUGCUUUGGAAAUCAUACUUGCCAUUAUCCAUCAUAAAAAUAAUGAGAUUUCUGAAAGCAUUACUGCGAGUCAGGUUUUGGAGAUUGCCCUUUUAUCGGACAAAUAUGAUUUUCUCGAUGCCAUGAAAUUGGCCAGCAAUACUUUUCUUCGGAGUGAUACCAAAGAUGAGAGUGAUCUGAUGCGUCUUGUUGUGGCGGCGUAUCUGUUUCGAAAUGCGAGAGCGUUCAAGGACAUUACAAAAGCUUUGGUACUCGACUAUCACGGUCCUUAUUACGAUAUUGCGUGCGAUGAAGUUGAAUCUGUGAUAGGUUGGAAGUUGUUUUGUCUACUCGAAACACAGAGGAGCGCCGCAAGGCUAAGAUUUUCUGAAAUAAUCUUAGAAGGAAUCAAUGAUGGGUAUGCCAUGUGCUACCGAAAGUGUGGUUGGACAUCCAAAUGGGCAUAUGCAUACCUGCAAUUGUUGGGAGAAAAGAGACUUUGGCCGGCUAGGUUGCACGGAAUUCCCCUCUCUGAAGCGAUAGAAUCAGCACAAAAUAUGCCCGAUCCGGUCCCUAGCGAGGAUAGCGGUGUAUGUAGUGAUGCAUACAGGCAUAAAUCUCCACAGUAUAGAGACGGUCGGUCUAGGAAAUUGGAAGACUUGUAUGAAAUGAUUGGCCUUUGUUUGACCUGCGUUCGGGGUGAUAUGUCCGCUACUGCGGAAUGUAACCACAACAAUGUUUAGCGUCGAAUCGAGGUAGGAGGUUGGGGAAGAUGGUGUUUUCGUCUUGCGUUUUGGUAUGAGAGAUUAAAGUGAUGAAUGAUAAAAUGAGAGCUGAAUACCAAAAUUCUCUGUGGUGCUCCAAGUGAAAUUUCAAUCGAAACAAAAGGUGUUAAGAUCUGGGUAACAAUAAUAAGCGUUAGGCAUGUAAAGUUGAGAGGUGAAUAGACGAGAAGAUUCA